GCAACCCUCACAACAAUGUCACCCAAAUACACCAUCACUGAUCUCCUGCCCCUCCCCAAUUCCUCCGUCCAGAUACCCCGCCUCGGCUUCGGCGUCUACCGUUCUCACGCCGACAAAUGCGUCACCUCCACCGCCCACGCCCUGGAGGCCGGGUACCGACACAUUGACACCGCGCAGUUCUACGGUAACGAGAAGGAGGUCGGCGACGCUCUGCGCGCCUCGGGCCUGGCCCGCAGCGACGUGUUCGUCACCACCAAGAUCCUCAGCCCCGCCGGGUCGCCCGAGGCCACCUACGAGAAACUGGUGGCCAGCGUGGAGAAGAUCGGAGGCAAGGAUGGAUACGUCGAUCUGUUCUUGAUCCACAGCUCCAAGUCCGGUUCGGCCGGUCGGAAGGAGCUGUGGCAGGCCCUGGAGCGGCUGCUGGAGGAGGGCAAGACCAAGGCCAUCGGCGUCAGCAAUUUUGGCGUGAAGCACAUCGAGGAGUUGAAGUCAUUUGCCAAAGUGUGGCCGCCGCACGUCAACCAGAUUGAGCUCCACCCCUGGUGUCAACAGCGCGAGAUCGAUGCCUACUGCAAGAAGAACGGGAUUAUCGUCGAAUCCUAUUGCCCGAUUGUGCGCAACUACAAGGCCAACGAUCCCACGCUAGUCGAGCUGGCUCAGAAGUACAACAAGUCCACCCAGCAGGUGUUGAUCCGCUACGCACUGCAGAAGGAAUGGGUUCCUCUACCCAAGUCAGAGACCCCCGAACGCAUCGCUUCGAACGCCGAUGUGUUCGAUUUCGAGAUCAGCAAGGAGGAUAUGAACGUCCUGGAUGGUCUCGACCAGGGCAGCGGCGGUGCCAUCGUUGAGGCCGUGGAGAACGAGUAGAUUUGCAGUAUAUAUCAUGAUGAAUACCCGUGCCUAGGCUUAGAGACCCUCUGCAAGAUAAUAACUGUUACGAUUUGUUACUGAUGUUACCC